AACCACACUACAUCUGAGGAUCAUUCAAAGCAGGAGACACAAAUCAAACACCCCAUAAUAAACACUCAGGAGGAUGUAAACACAAAACCUGCAGAGUAGAAAGAGGCGAAGCAACAGUUUUAAAACAACAUUCAGCAAAUGAAACUAAACAUCCGUCAGAGAAACAGCUGUCAAGACCCGUCUCUCCGUUUCUCUUUAACGAAUUUGACUCUGUUGGGCCUUUCUAAGCAAAACAGCAGAAUCUCUGACAAAAUCUGGUGAGUACAGCUGAUAAUAUUUACUGUAUUUCAACAACCAUUAAUACAAAUCUGCAACUUUGUUCCCACAACAGGUUCUGUUGUUUUUAGUGUCUGGCUUUAGCUGAAACCUCUGCUGACAAACAAAUUAGUUCUUUUGUCAAAACCAGCUUUUUCCAGCUCAGAUUUAGGCCGUAUCUGUCCCUAGAACACUUUGAAACAGUCAUAAAUGCAUUUGUAACAACUUUCUAUGAUGCAUCACAUUAUUUUUAUUACAACAACACACCAGUUUUACCAGUGAUUGAUAUUAUCUAAUGUAGUCUCAUGUGUUCUAAUAACCUGCCUCCAACACUGUUGAAUCAUCAGUAAUCAAUGUUCUCAGAAACAUGAAGCAUUUUUUUGUGUCUGACUGGUUUUAUAUAUGAGAAGAGCUGCAUCCUGACAAAACUUCUAUCAGCGCAACACUUCACCGAUACGAUACAGCCCCCGAUAGAAAUUGGGCCAUUCUAUCGGGCCCCGAUAUAUUGGUGGCCGAUAAUCGGCCAGUCACUAUUAGCAGUAUAAGAAGGGAGACGUAGCACUACCUGGACCAGCGACAACAUUAGUGUUCAUAAUAUUACACUGUGGAAGAGACACUUCAUAAUUAACACCGUAACUUUAAUCAGACUGUAUUACUUGGUCUUGUUUUGACCUUAAGGAGUGAGAAACAAUGCAGGCUGUCAGUGUUUGUGUGUUUAGCAAAACAGAGAAUUAAAAAAUGUAAUUUUCCACUGAUGGUUGAAACAGCACAGGUUCUAUCCAGUAUUUAGAUAAAUAUUUGAAUGAUUUAUUGAUCAGUGUAACUUUGUCAGAUGAGAAAUGUGUUCUGUAGAUCACGUGGAGGCUGGUAGAGUUUAAACAGCAGUUUCCUAAUCUGGCCACAAGAUGUUGUUGUUAAAGAGGCGACUGUGACUGAUAUAAGUGAUGGUGGAUAAUCUGGAGGAUUGCAUGGUGGACAGUGCUGUGAAACUGUUGUUUAAAUUAGUGUGCACAUAUUAAGAUAUCAGUAAAAAUGUGCACAUACAAAGACUUCUGAACAAAAGUUAUCUGGUUAUUUUUAACUGGUGCUUUGAUUGUGAAGCAGCUGUCGUGACAAUGUUGUUAAAUUUAAGCCAUUUAAAACUGUCUGAUUAAAUAGCAAGUUAAUGUUGGUCAGUAACAAAGUAGUACAUGUGUUUAUUUCAUUUUUAUAAUUACAAAUAUUGCUUUCAUCAACUUUGAUGAGAAAAUAUAGCAGGAGCUGUAGCCCACUGAGAAAUGAUGAAUGUUAUUUUGUGUAUUCUGAAAUCUUUUGUUCUGUUGUGUGUUGGAGUACUGACUCUGAUACAAGACAGAAUAAAAAUGUCAUGAAGUAAAAAGUCUCCCGUAACCACAGACUGUCCUUAAAGCCUUCAGUGUGCUGUAUCAACAUAGAUCUUGUGCCAAAAGUACGUCAGUAAUCAAGUUAAACCUGAAAGGCAACAAAACCUCACCUGCAGAGCAGAACGAGGUGGAGCAACACUGGAAAGACACAACAGCUUUAAAACAACAUUCAGCAAAUGAAACUAAACACUCGCCGGACAAACAGCCGUCGAGACUCGUCUCUCCGUUUCUCUCAAAAGACAGCUAAAGUUGACUCAAUCAGGCCUUUCUCAGCAACACAGCAGAAUCUCUGACAAAAUCUGGUGAGUACAGCUGAUAAAAUUUACUGUAUUUCAACAACUAUUAACACAAAACUUCAAAUGAAAACUACAGAAUGACAAAAUAUUUCACAGUUUCAUUAAUCUAGCUUCAUGUUUUUAUGACUAAACAACACAUCACUUUCACUUUUAAUCCUCAGACUGUCAACAUGUCUGCUGCCAGCUGUCUGCUGACUGAAGAUCAGUUUCAGUGCUCCAUCUGUCUGGAUGUGUUCACUGAUCCAGUCACCAUACCAUGUGGACACAACUUCUGUAAAACCUGCAUCACUAAACACUGGGAUAUUAACGCACCGUACAAAUGUCCCAACUGUAAUGACAUUUUCUACACAAAACCGAAGCUGCAGGUCAACCGGUUCAUCUCUGAGAUGGCUGCUCAGUUCAGACAGUCAGCUCAACAGAAAGCCAGCAGCAGCAGCUCAGAGCAACAAGUUUCCAAACCAGGAGAAGUUCCCUGUGACGACUGCACUGGAACCAAACUGAAGGCCCUGAAGUCCUGCCUGGUGUGUCUGGCCUCCUACUGUGAGACUCACCUGGAGCCUCACCUGACAAAGUCAGGCCUGAAAAGACAUCAGCUGAUCGACCCUGUGGAGAACCUGGAAGGCAGGAUGUGUACGAAGCACGAUAAACUGCUGGAGCUGUUCUGUAAGACCGACCAGAUGUGUGUCUGCAUGCUCUGCACCUAUUCAGACCACCAGGGACAUUCUGUUGUUCCUCUGAAAGAAGAAUGUGAAGGAAAGAAGGCCAAGCUGGGGAAGACAGACGCUGAAAUUCAGCAGAUGAUCCAGAAGAGACGAGUGAAGAUUGAGGAGAUGAAGCGCUCAGUGCAGCUCAGUAAGAAAGAUGCAGACAGAGAGAUAGCAGCUGGUGUUCAGGUCUUCAGAGCUCUGAAGGAGUCUGUUGAGAGAAGCCAGGCCGAGCUCAUGGACACCAUCAAAGAGAAGCAGAGAGAGACAGAGAAACAGGCUGAAGGCUUCAUCAAAGAGCUGGAACAGGAAAUCUCUGAGCUGGAGAAGAGAAGCUCUGAGAUGGAGCAGCUCUCACAGUCUGAAGACCACCUCCACCUCCUCCAAAGCUUCCCAUCACUGAACUCUGCUCCACCCACCAAGGACUGGACAGGAGUCAGCAUCCGUCCACCUUCAUAUGAGGGGACUGUGGUGAGAGCUGUGAAUCAGCUGGAGGAGACGCUCAGUAAACUGAUGAAGAAGCUGCCUGAGCUGAAGAGGGUCCAGCAGUAUGCAGUGGAUGUGACACUUGAUCCUGAUACAGCACAUCCCAACCUCAUCCUGUCUGAUGAUGGAAAACAAGUUAAACAUGGUGAUGUGAAGAAGAAACUCCCAGACAACCCAAAGAGGUUUGAUUAUUGUCCCUGUGUCUUUGCAAAGCAGAGUUUCUCUUCAGGAAGAUUUUAUUAUGAGGUUCAGGUUAAAGAGAAAACUGAGUGGGAUUUAGGAGUGGCCACAGAGUUGAUCAACAGGAAGGGAGAAAUCAAACUGUCUCCUCAGAAUGGUUACUGGACGAUAUGGCUGAGGAAUAAAAACGAGUACAAAGCUCCUGCUGGCCCACCAGUGAGUCUCUCUCUGAAGCAUCAGCCUGAGAAGGUGGGGGUGUUUGUGGAUUAUGAGGAGGGUCUGGUCUCCUUUUAUGACGUUGAUGCUGCAGAGCUUAUCUACUCCUUUACUGGCUGCUGCUUCACUCAGAAACUCUACCCAUACUUUAGUCCAUCUAAUAAUGAUGGUGGUAAAAAUUCUGCUCCUCUGAUCAUCUCUCCUGUCAACCACACUGAGUAGAAAAAACAUUUAAUUGUCUCCAGAAAUGUUCACAUCGUUCAAUGUAAUAAAUGCAUAUUUACUGAUUAUAUUUGGAUUGUACAUUGUUGUAAUUUCAGAUUCUGACGAAGCAUUUCUAUUGCUCUGACUGAUAAGAUUUACUUUAUUUUUCUAUAAACUGUUCAAUCAUCAGAAAUAAAGUAUUAAACAACAAUCAGCAUUUUCUGUCCCUUAAAUAGUUAUGGUGUGAUCAUUCUUUAUAUAAGUGUUGCAUACUGGCACAAAUUGCUUAUUUACCUUUUAUGGAUAAGACAAACAUAAUAAAAAUUUUUCUCACUCUGUUUUUAAAAUGAUAAAAAGUAGAACAAAUAUUGAAAUUGAAUAGUGAGAUGUGAGGACGCCCCCUAGUGGAGCUCAUAACAAACUGCAGCCUGUGUCCAAAUGAGGACCUGCUCUUGCACCUCUCAGUGCAUUUACAUGCACAGCUUAGUUGGAUUACAGCCAUAGUUCCACUAUGCUGCUCAAUGAAACAACUGC